AUGACCGGCAGGAAUGGAAGAGCCGAUUCGCACUUCGAAGAGGAAGACGAAUCUAACUGUGCCACGUGUAAUAGGCCGGACAGUGAAGAGGACAUGGUGCAAUGCGACGCAUGUGAUGCUUGGCAUCAUUACACGUGCGCUGGAGUGGACGUUGCCGUGGCCAAUUUGCCAUGGAUCUGUGGCAAAUGUAUGAACGCUAAAGACGAUGAUGCUGCUUCUGUCCAUAGCCAUUCCAGUUCCAUUCUUUCGGCGAGUCUUAGCCAGAUGAUGGACCGACAGGAACUCGAAAGGGAGAAGGCUGAUCUGGAGGUGCAACGUCGUCACCUGGAUGAGCGCCAAAAGCUCUUGUUGAACGCAGCUGCCGAUAAAGGAUUAAACGGCGUCCCACCUCGGGAACAUUCGAAUCGAUCUGUCGUGACCACAGCUGAAUUAGAAUUGCCCUGCGCUGAUCCUAAACAACCGUCGUGUUUCGAACCCUCUGUGGUACGUUCUGCGAUUUCGCCGUUUGCUGGAGCACUUGGACUUGCUUCGAAUCGAAUUCCAUCACAUCUAGGAGUAGCGACAUCUAUUGCUGACACCUCAAAAUCGCCACAAACCUCGGUGCCCGUAGUGGGUGGGACCUCAUCUUCGCCUACUGUGCGCAGCACGAGACAACACCACGUAGCUUUGCACGAGUUGAAGGCUAGUGUGGAGAAAUGUGAGUCUAGCGAUAAACUGUCUCCGGAGCAGUUACACGACCUGAAGCGACAGCUGGACAAUUGCCGUCGAUUGUUAGCGGAAUACAGUUCGGAUGUUAGACCAGACCAAUUGGAUAUGCCAAGACAAACCGGCGCUACGCGGAAGAUAGCUCGUAACUUACCCACUGUUCCGGAAGAACACCGCCGACCUAAACCAAACAACAAGCCAACUGAAUACGAGGAAGAACCGUUGAUCGAUUCUGUUUGGCAAGUUAAACAGUCGGUGAGCCAAAGCGGCUUUCCGCCGUUCUCAAAACACCCAGUGAAUUCUUCUCAAGCCUUUCAUCAACCAACGCCACAACAACUAGUUGCGCGACAGUCCCUGGGAAAAGAACUUCCCAACUUUUCUGGAGACCCAACGGAAUGGCCCAUCUUUAUUUCCAAUUAUGAAUUCACCACGGAUGCCUGCGGCUUUUCCAACGGAGAGAAUAUGCUUCGUCUGCAGCGAUGUUUAACCGGAGCAGCCCUUGAAGCGGUACGGAGUCGACUGGUAUUACCUGCAGGGGUUCCACAGGUGCGGGCAAUUCCUGUUUUAAGGAGUGAUAGAUUGGAAGGACUAAUCAAUUUCGGUGAUGCAGUACAAACCCUGUGCGAUCAUAUCGAGGCGGCGAACGAACACGCGCAUCUGUCCAAUCCAUCUUUAUUACAAGAACUAGUUUCAAAGCUUCCGUCUGACCAACAGAUGAGGUGGGCGAGAUUCAGACGAGGGUUUAGCAACGUAAAUUUGAAAACAUUCAACGAGUACAUAGAUUUAGUGGCCGAAGAUGCAUCGAGUGUUGUGCCUUUGGAACCGGAUUCUUCGACUCGCGUAAGUGGACGGGAACGGACAAAAUCAAAAGCCUUCGUAAACUCACACGCUGAGGAGACACUCGACGCAAAAGAACUGACGGAACCGGUAAAAGAAUACGUUUGUGCACACUGCGAUCAAGUUGGACACCGGAUUGUUGAUUGUAGAACAUUCAAAGCUUUGAACGUAGAAGAUCGAUGGCGGAAAAUAAGAGACAUGGGACUGUGUCAAAAUUGUCUAUACAACCACGGGCGUAGAUCGUGCCGGUUACGCCAAAGCUGCAAUAUCGAUAAUUGUCAACAUCGUCACCAUCGCCUACUUCAUCCUACAAAGGUCCAGUCCAGUACGGUCACGGUAGCUGAAAUCCACAUUCAUCGGAAUCCGCACAUGUCAUCCUUAUUCCGAAUCAUACCAGUGAAGCUGUUCGGGAAGCUAAGGUGCGUUGAGACCUUCGCCUUUCUUGAUGAAGGAUCAGACCUCACGUUAGUGGAAAAUGAACUUGCAAACGAUCUAGGUGCAACAGGCGAUAAGCAACCACUCUGCCUAAAGUGGACUGGCAAUACGUCUCGCCUCGAAACGGACUCCCAGCGAAUCUCGCUACAAAUUUCGGGAGCCAAUCAAGACAAGCAGUACACUUUGAUGAAUGCUCGCACAGUAAAGAGCCUAGACCUUCCAUAUCAAACCUUCCGGUUGACAGAUGCUUUGAAAACAUAUACAUAUCUGAAAGGUGUUCCGAUUUCUAGUUAUGUCAAUGCCAAACCUCGCAUUUUGAUCGGUAUUGAUAAUUUGAGACUCGCUCUUCCGCUUAAAGUGAAGGAAGGCGAUAGUUAUGGACCUGUUGCGGUAAAGACAAGAUUAGGCUGGUGUGUCUACGGACCACGAUCAAACAGGGAAGAAGCAAACAGCUUCCAUAUUUGCAAAUGUUCCUGUGAGAAUGAUCUUCAAGAAUCGGUGAAAAAGUUUUUCACAGUUGAAUCUUCCGGAACAUCCACCGUAAAUGUCCCUCUCUCGGAGGAAGAACAACGAGCACUAACCUUGCUCGAGUCUUCUACUACUCGGAUCGGUAAUCGCUAUGAAACAGGCCUGCUGUUCAAAAAUGACUACGUGGAAUUUCCUGAUAGCUACCGAAUGGCGGAAACUAGGUUAGCCUGCCUGGAACGACGGAUGCAACGCAACCCUGAGCUCAGAGAAAAUUUACACCGUCAGAUUCAAGAGUAUGAAAGCAAAGGAUACGCGCACAAGGCUACCAAAUGCGAAUUAGAAGCAGCGGAUCCUAGAAGGAUUUGGUAUCUACCCAUCGGAGUAGUUGUAAAUCCUAAAAAACCCGGAAAGAUCCGAAUUAUCUGGGAUGCGGCCGCAAAAACGGAAGGCAUCUCCUUGAACAGCGCGCUUCUCAAAGGUCCAGAUCAGCUCGUAUCUCUGCCCGGGGUUCUCUUUCGUUUUCGUCAAUACAGAGUGGGCGUGACAUCCGACAUCCAAGAGAUGUUCCACCAAAUACGUAUACGCAAAGAAGACACACAUUCGCAACGCUUUUUGUGGCGCGCAGACCCCACCGAAAAACCCAGCAUAUACUUGAUGGACGUCGCCACGUUCGGUAGCACUUGCUCUCCCGCUUCAGCGCAGUUCGUUAAAAACAGAAAUGCUGAAAUACAUGCUCAACUUUAUCCGGAAGCGGCUACAGCGAUUAUUCGCGACCAUUACGUGGAUGAUUAUCUGGCUAGUUUUGAAUCAGAAGAGGAAGCAUUAAGAGUUUCCCGAGACGUGCGACUAGUUCAUGAGUUGGAGAGAUCCUGGAACAAACGGAUGCAAGUGACUGGAGAUGGGUCCCGUCGAAGUCCAACCCUGCAGAUGAAGCUACCAAAUGGGGAAGUGGUCCAUAUUUCAAUUCGGCAAGCAAGUGGUUUAGUGGGCCCGAAUUCCUGUCUCAGCCGGAAACAAAAUGGCCUCAUCCUCAAGAACCUAUCACCCCCACACCAGAAGAAAUACGAACAUCAAUAA